AUGCAAUACCAUCUAUCAAAAGUUCUCCUCCUCCUUCUCUUUUCUUUGAACUUCAAUUGUUCAUACACUCAGACAUGGAUCAAAGCCGGUUACCAUUACACCGGCAAUGAAUUCCCUGCCUCUACCAUAGAUUCCACAUUGUUCACUCACCUUAUAUGUGGUUUUGCGUAUAUAAACUCUAGCUCUUACCAGCUCUCAAUCAACUCCUCCACCCAACUGGACUUCUCCACUUUCACAAAUGUUGUCAAGCUCAAAAACUCAAAAGUCACAACCUUACUGUCCAUCUGGGGUGGCGGAGAAGACUAUUCAGUCUUGUUUUCAAUGCUGAACCAGUCUUCUCACCCGAAAUCUUUCAUUGAAUCCUCAAUUAGAAUGGCUAGACUUUAUGAGUUUGAUGGCUUAGACCUUAUUGGGGCCGUACCAAAAACAGUCAUGCACACUACAUCUUUCGGAACAUUUCUAGAUGAGUGGCGCGCUGCGGUGGAUUCUGAAGCAAGCAAGUCAGGAAAGCCAGGUUUGCUCUUGACAAUGGCACUUCAUCAUAUGCAGGUUGUGGAUACUGUAACUUAUCCCACUGACUCUAUUAAAAAGAACUUGAAUUGGGUUCAUCUUUUGGCAUAUGAUUAUUAUCUUCCUACAGAGGAAAACUACACACACCUUCAUGCUGCUUUAUAUGACCCAAUAUCAAAUGGGACUAACACGAACAGUCAUGUCAAGGACUUGAUAAACAGAGGACUACCUGCUAGCAAGUUGGUUUUAGGCUUGCCUUACCAUGGUUAUGGUUGGACUGUUCUGAAUCCCAGUAACUAUGUUAAUAAUGUUGGUGCACCGGCGUUAGGUCCUGCGGUUACCAUAGACGGGUCCAUGUCCUAUAAGCACAUCAAAUGGUUCAUUAAGACAUAUGGUGGAGUUCCCAUGUACAAUGACACUUAUGUAAUGAACUACUGCACAAUUGGGUCAAGUUGGUUUGAUUUUGAUGAUGUGGAGGCUAUCAGCGCGAAAGUUUCGUAUGCUAAAGAGAUGGGGCUUCUUGGCUACAAUGUGUUUCAAGUUGGCAAUGAUGACAAUUGGGUGCUCUCUAGGGCAGCAGCUGAAGAGGAAGGAGGUCGACAGAACAAGAAACAGUUAUUGGUGAUUGUUCUGGGCACGAUUUCUAUGUUUAUUAUCCUACUGGGAACUAUAAUGUGUUACGUGCAGAGGAGAGUACUUAAGUCAAUUGGUAAUCUUCUUAAACUGCACAGUUUUGACAGCAAUGCUCCUAAUCUGCAAGUUUUUAGUUUUGCAACCAUCAAAGCAGCUACAAAUAACUUUUCGAGUAAGAAUAAGCUUGGAGAGGGUGGCUUUGGACCUGUAUACAAGGGUACGUUAAGGAAGGGCCAGGAAAUAGCAGUGAAAAGACUUUCGAAAACUUCACACCAAGGCCUUGAAGAGUUUGAAAAUGAGGUCACACUUACUGCAACACUGCACCAUGUGAAUCUAGUUAGAGUUCUGGGAUAUUGCACCAAGAGGGAAGAAAAGAUGCUGAUAUAUGAGUACAUGCCAAACAAAAGCUUGUAUCACUACCUCUUUGAUCCAAGUAGAUGCGAUCUUUUGCAUUGGGAGCAACGUGUCCACAUCAUUGAAGGGGUAAUUCAAGGGCUUCUAUAUCUCCAAGAAUACUCAAACUCUACAAUAAUUCACCGUGAUCUGAAAUCUAGCAACAUUUUGUUAGAUGAUAACAUGAACCCGAAAAUAUCAGAUUUUGGUCUAGCCAGAGCUUUCGGAAAGAAUGAACAUGAGGCAAACACUGGUCGCAUUGUAGGAACAUAUGGCUAUGUUCCCCCUGAAUAUGUAAGAAGAGGCAUUUAUUCCAUGAAAUUCGAUGUUUACAGCUUCGGUGUUCUGCUUCUGCAUAUCAUAAGUGGCAAGAGAAGUUCAUGCUUUUAUGGCAUAGAUGGAAAUCUAAACCUUCUAGAUCACGCAUAUGAGUUGUGGAAAAAAGGCCAAGGCAUGGAUUUUGUAGAUUCUACCCUAGAUGAUUCGACAUCGUCUUGCAAGCUCUUAAGAUGCAUGGGGGUAGCCUUGUUAUGUGUCCAAGAAAAUCCAGUAGAUAGACCAUCCAUGCUGGAGGUUUCUUCAAUGCUCAAGAGCGAAAGUGCAGCCAUCAUUAGUCCUAAAAAGCCUGCUUUCUCAGUUCAGGAGGAUGAAAAUGAGGAUCAUAUAUGCACAAACAGGGAAGAAAUCUAUUCAGCCAAUGAUGCAACAAUGUCUGAAAUUGUGGCCCGAUGACAGUUCUUUCUGAAACAUAACAUGAGAUAAUGGCAGCAGUAA